AUGAAAGUAAAAGUAUUAUCAAGAUCAGAAGAAAAGGAUACUAAAGAGACAAGUACAGAUAUUGUAAAGUCACACAAGAAUUUAGAUCCAAAUCUACAUCCAUUAGAGAGACCAAGAGAAUAUAUGAGAGCACUCAACUCUGUAAAGAUAGAUAAAUUGUUUGCAAAGCCAUUUGUUGCUAGUUUGACUGGUCAUCAUGAUGGUAUCUUUACAAUGAGAAGACAUCAUAAUACUAUCAAUUGUUUUGCUUCUGGUGCAUGUGAUGGUGAAGUAAAGAUUUGGAAUUUAACUACAUUAUCUGAAAGAUCAACUAUAAAAGCACAUGAAGGAUAUGUUAGAGGAUUAUCAUUUAGUUGGGAAGAGAAUAAAUUAUUUACAUGUGGUGAAGAUCAGACUGUAAAGAUUUGGAAAUUGGAUCCAAUCGAUCAUCAGUGUGAUGGAGAGGUGGUAUCCGUGUUUAGAGGCAAACAUUCAUUUACAUCGGUCGAUUGUCAACGUUACACUAAUACAUUUGCGACAAGUGGUAUUAAUGUGGAGAUUUGGGAUGCCAACAGAGCAUCGCCUAUGCAGACAUUGUCGUGGGGUCAUGCUAGUGUGUCGCGUGUGCGUUUCAACCCAAUCGAGACACACGUGUUGGCAUCUUGCACAUCGGACCGCGAGGUCAUCCUCUACGACACACGUCAACAAUCACCUGCACAAAAACUGAUUACACAGAUGCGUAGCAACUCGAUUGCCUGGAACCCACAAAUAUCGCAUAUGUUGGCACUGGCCAACGAAGAUGAAAACGCAUACCAAUACGACAUUAGAAAGUUAAACAAGGCCAUGUCAGUGCAUCGUGACCAUGUUGGAGCUGUGCUCGAUGUAGACUAUGCGCCAACAGGUCGUGAGAUUGUCACUGGCUCCUACGACAAGACCAUUCGUAUUUUCACCAACGAACAAUACAACAGUCGUGAAGUAUACUUUACCAAUCGUAUGCAACGUAUCUUUUCAGUGUUGUAUACUGGUGAUGCCAACUUUGUCUUGUCGGGUUCCGACGACAUGAACAUCCGUGUGUGGAAGGCCAACGCCACCGCCAUGCUCGGUCCACUCUCUAGCAAACAGUUUAGCGACAAAAACUACAAAGAAAAGUUGCAAGAAAAGUUUAGUGAAAUCCCUCAACUCAAGACCAUCAAAGAUCAUCGUCGUGUCCCCAAAGCCAUCUACAAGAAACGUUAUGUCAAAAAUGUCGUCCAUGUUUCCAAAGAACGUCGUGAAGAGAAACAACGUAAAUUCUCAAAACAAAAUCUUGGUCCUAAAAAGAAACUUCUCUCUCAACAUACUAUUACUGUUGAAAAAUAA